ACGUUUGCAUAGCGAAGAAGAAACAUCAAAAUAGGUGUAUUUAACGUGUAAAAUAAAUAUAGGGAUUAGACUUAUUCAUUUUAAAUUUGUCGUGUUCGGAAAUAACCCUGACUAAAAUAGAUGGGAACUAUUGGGGCCAAAAAAGUGUUGUUGCCGGGCGCGUGUUUUGGUUUUGCGGUCGAGGAAUGUGGUUUUCGCGGUUGACUGAAUCUGGGAAUUACCGUUUUUCCAACGGCACUGCGCAUGCUCAAAAGACGUCAUGGGGAGGAGCUUGUGAUAAUGUUUCUACAGCGUGACCUGUGUAAAACUUGUUGCAAUCACGGGAGCGGUCGUCGGAAUUUCAUUCAUAAAUUCGCUAUCCUACCAUGGUGAUGCACGAACAGUCAGAUUUCAUCGACUUCCUCUGCGGAAAAAAUGCAGACCAGAGCUUGAUCCUGGACGAGUUCCAGUAUUUUACCCCGCCAAACGACCGUGAUCAACAGCUAGAUAUGGAUAACCUUGAUGCUAUCAUAGACCCGUGCGGAGAACGGACAUACUUGGGACAGAUCACAGAUGACCAGUGUCUACAGGAAGUUGUCGUGGAGAGCGAGGUGCCUCGUGAGACCCAGGUGAUCAUCUCCAACACACUGGAAGAGGAAUCCUAUUUAGACGGCGAAACCAGUCUGGUGUUCCGGUUUCCACCAGACACUAACUUCGCCGGCAGCGUUACCAACUCAUUGGAUGCCGGCUAUAUGGAAUAUUUGACCUGCGAUAGCAACGACACCCGGACGCUGAGCGAGUCUACUCAGGAUAGCGACACCAUGUUCUCCUGCACCACCGUCCCCAACACGCCGUUCAGUGCCACCCUCUACUCCGCCCCUAAGACUCCCGACACUGCGUCUUCAUGGGCCUCGUCGCCAUCGAGCAACGGCGGUAACAUACCCAAGGUCGUUAAGGAAUCGCUGAAGAUGGCGAUCAAGACGAAGCGCUUCCGCGAAGGAAAGGGCGACCUGAAAGUGGAGUUUGUGCCUCCACCACCUGAACAGCUGACGUCUGAAGAGCAGGCGAAACGCGAAGAGAAAAGAAUUAACAACAAGUUAGCUGCGCAGAGAUGCCGAGAAAAGAAACGCAAGCGCAUCGAAGAACUAGAAGAAGAGAUAAGACAAAUUCACAAAAAGAACAAAUCUCAAGAGAAUGAGAUAAAAAAAAUCAUCAAUGAACGCGACUAUCUUCAGGAUUUAGUAAGCGUCCACAAGCAGGUUUGCCCUAGCUUCAGGUCAAUGUCGUCUUCGUUUUGACCACUGGCAUAGACGACCGGACUACUUUACGGACUAUGCAAACGUCUUACGGUAAUGGGUCGAUUAUCUUGAUCGGCCGAAGUUGUGGACAGCCCGGGGGUUGGGGCACAAGAGUCUCGUGUCAUAAUCACGUGGCUUUGUAAACGCUUGGACAUGAAGGGCAUUGUAUUUCAUUGCAGCAACGAUUCUUUAGAAUUAUGUUUGUGUUUGGUCGCGUAAGAAUAUUUGACCGGAAAUGGGGACCUCACGUACUUUUCCCGGUUACUUCGCCGCGUUUCUUACGCGUCUAGAUCCUGCUUGGCGGGAGUAUUGACUACGGUAUGAUAUGACUUUGAAGUGGACUUAAACACCUCAAUACUUACAUAAUAUUGUAUUGUAUCUAGUUCUGUAGUCUGUAGCGCCCAUUUUGCAGCUCUGUCAUGACUUCUCUAUAGUAUGAUACAACGUUUAACGUUAUUUUAAAUGUUAAGGUGUUUUUAGUCUUGUAUGUAGGUUGCUGUUAAUCUGUUGGUAAGCGUGAACAUGUUUGACUAAAUUUGUAAAGGCAGACGAUAGUUGAAAGUUGUUUCAAUAUUAGGCAUAUUAAAUUAUGUUUGAAACGAAUGUCGAAGCUUUUGAAGAAGUGUGUUAUACAUAAAGUAUCCUCUCACUUGUAAUGGGUAUUGUAUAUCGAACGUUUGUAAAAAGCACAGGUGUAGGGGCGUUUUAAUUAUGCUCCCUUAUUGCUUUGAAAUGAGCUAUUGAGCUAUUGGUAUUUUAUUAUGAUUAUUAUCGUCACCAUCAUUAUUAUCACCAUUAUCAUCAUCAUUACUAUUAGUAUUAGUAUUAUUAUUAUAUUUGGUCAUUCUCUAUAUACAUGUAUAUAGAUUAAACAAAGUGCUGACACAAUGAAAGAUCUGCUUCAAGGGAUAUAUAUUACCUGUCUGAUAAUACCGUAUUUGCUUAAGUUAAUAAACUUGUAAAGGAGUGGCAAAUACGUUCUCAAAUGUGGACUCCGAACAUGAAAUGGGAGUGCCGACAUUAUUACUACGGGCUUUAGUAUUGAUAUAUCUCAUGUGUGCGAGUCUUUUGAGACUUCGACAUGCCUUACUUAACAGAGUUUUGCUUUAUUUGUGUUUCUUACCGCAUUACAAAAAUCAAAAUCAAUCUUUCUCAUGUAUAGUUCCUUAAUGUGUGUGAAAUGAAGGUUUAACGCAUUUUUUUUCUACAUUUAAAAAAAUUUACUAUGUUUAAAAAAUACGAUUGCUUAUUUAUUGCAGUUCAUUUUGUAGUAUGCCAUUAAACUGCAUUUGUUAGCCCUUGGGACCUAAACAUGUAAAUGGACUUGCUGUUAUAAUGAAGUCACAUUCUUCGAUAUUGUCUUAGGACGAAUACUCUGUUUGAGAAUUACCAGGUUUAUUCGACAUUGUUAUUGAGUUUAUAGCUUGAUGUAACCGUAUAGGAUUGGUUAUUGCUAUGUCUUGUUGUUGAGUUUUGCUUUGUUGAUGUUGUUUGUUUUGUACAACUUUAUAUACGAAACAAGCAUAUGAUAUGCAUCUACAAUUACUGCAAAGGUAUAUUCAUUAAAAUUAACCUUUGAUCUAUCAGUUUCCUGAUAAUUGUACAUAGCAAUCAUUUUUUUUAAUAUUGGUAUUUUGUAUUCUGUAGUUUGUUGUGUUUUUUACAAUAUGACCAGUAAAUAAUUAACAUUGAAGCAUUGUUAUUUAAAAGGGCAUUUUUUUGUUUCGGAUUAUUUUUAACGUAGUUUACUAAACGUGUCAUCAGGGCACUAUGAACAUUAAACGUAGAAUUUUACACCAAUUUCAUUAAGAAGACAUUUGCAUGUUUUCUGAUAUUUUGUUUAUAGGAAAGUACAGUAAGUGGAUAAGUCGUUCUACAUUUGAACUAGUAUGAUGUUUGACAUUAAUAUUAUUAAAUACUGUACCGAGAUAAAAUUUGGCAGCUAAGCACAUUUGCAAUUAUAUUGCCUAAUUCCUCGUUGGAUCAGACGAGUUCAUAUAUUUGUAUUUUCAGAGAUCUUUUGAACUAUUAUGUUAAAGUCUAUCACUUGUUGAUAAUAACAUUAGUUACCUCUAUGUGAUGUUUAAUAAAUUAGUUCCGAUGA